AUGGCAACUAACACGAAUCCAGAUUACCUGGGACCGACCUACGUUGGACGUAUGCGGAAAGCAUUGGACCGAAGGCAACCGAGUCUUGCUGUACCAAAUAUUGCCCCUCUUUCUGUGCAGUGGGCAAAACAUGUGGUCACAGGAAUGGAUCUCUCGCAAACCACGGUGGCAUCCUCACCCGGCCCCAGCCCGCAUAAAGAACAACAAGCAGAUGAUAGAGAACCUCAUCAAGGGCACAGCCCACGUGCCGACCAGUGGUCUGUAUUCCUACAAACAAUUGAACCGCAACGGGCGCGGUUUGGCAGAACUGUGCAUCAACUAAGUGUAUUUGAUGAACCACUUAGUUGUACCGGAUUUCAAUCGUUUAGAAGUUGGAUGCGCAGAAGACGAGAUAGGGCUAUUUGUGAGCAGCGUGAGCAGUUGCUCAGAUCCACUGUCCAACGGAAUAUGAAACUAAUCCAUCCUGUUAUUAUACCAACGUACGGUGUUGUAUUCAUCAAUCGACGGCCAACAAUCGUGUCGCAGUGGAUAUCCGGAGGAAGUUUGGCCACAAUUUUGGACCAGGCCAUGCAAACUAUGAUUGCUUGCGGCGAGAACAAUUGUGCCCCAUCCGAUCAUGGGGCUGUGAUCACUUUGGCCAGCUGUAUCUCUUUUCUUGUGGAUAUCGCCAGAGGUUUGGAAUAUUUACACGAACAACAAAUAUUUUAUCAGACCUUGACCACUAAAGAUAUCUUUCUUGCUCGAGGAAAUCGUUGCCGCCUACGGGUUCCUUUGCUCACCGCUAAACCGAUCGCGUUGGACAUGUAUGGACAGAUGCCCAUUGACUAUGGGACAUCGACCGCCGUAUUUGCAAAUCAUCUUCAACCGGCCAGCUGCGAUGUACCCAUCAAUCUCUCGGUGCCAGGCACAAUUGGUCUCACCAACGAACCGGCUGAAACCAGACAACGAACAGAAGUGUCACACUACUCGGGUAGAGAACGAUUGGAAAAAUUCGUGGAUUGCUGGUCCAGCGUGACCGUGCCCAAAACCAAAUUGGGAACACCGUAUUUUUCAAACUUGCUUAUAGUACAGGAGACCAUUAUUCAUCAUCUAAACAUUUUGUUUGAGUUCUAUCAAAUGCAAGACCCAUCUCUCAUCUCACGCGGUCGUCUGUUUUAUGGCACCGUAUUUCGUGUCAAUUUCUUCUGUUCAAACGACAAUCCUCCCGCAUCUACUCAGGCACAUCACCAAUCAAUUACCGGUCUCAACUCAGCACAGCCGAAGGCAACUACUGUUCAAUCCAGUCAGCACAAAACCAAUCGCUUCCAGAUGAGCAGAAUCUCUUGUGCAAUGCUCUACAAUUUCAAACAUCUGAUGUAUCCCGCUGGCAAAGUAGUAUAUUAA